AAAUGGGAAACCGAUGUUGGCCAUCUACCUCAAGGCUCCCCGAGCAGCGUGAAAAGCCUGGACUUUGAUUCGGGAUACUCUGAAGCAUCGUGGCAGGACGAGGGUGUGGUGUUGAGGCGUACGAGGAACGUGCGUGUUUCAUCGUCCGCGUGCGUCCGCACCAACCGAAUCCGACCCAAAUCCACAUCAGACGCAUGCCUGGAGCGCUGGACGUCGUUUGAGGCCAGCGACCCAAUGGACUGGACCACGUCUUUGUUAACCAGAGGCCGUAACAGGCAACCGUUGGUUCUUGGGGACAACAGCUUUGCAGAUCUUAUUAAGAACUGGAUGGAUCUUCCAGAGUGCCCAGAUUCUGCAGAACUCAAGCCGAACGCCAGCCGCAAAAUAGCCAAGGACUUUCUGGUCAACAUGCGGAGGAAAUUAGCGGGCAUGUCAAAGGGAGUUGAGGAGAGAAAGGCUUGCACUAAACGCAUGUCUUGUCCUGUGGGAUUUCAAGCCCCCAAACCGUUCUUUCACCAGUCUCACACAAGUUUGCACCAAUUGGGACCAGACUUUUAUCAGUUCAGCGCUGUCAUGAAGACGGGGAGUCGACAGCCUAUCAUAUGCAAUGACAUCAUUGGAUACAUCUGAUGUGUUUAUGAAAACGGACUGGAGUUUACUUCUGAAAAUGUCUAAUAUUGUUCCAUGUAUUAAUAAAUAUUGUAAUAAAUGCUUUUUAUAUAAAA